UGUAUCCAUCCCGUCCUUCCCUCUUCAGUGUAUCCAUCCCGUCCUUCCCUCUUCAGUGUAUCCAUCCCGUCCUUCCCUCUUCAGUGUAUCCAUCCCGUCCUUCCCUCUUCAGUGUAUCCAUCCCGUCCUUCCCUCUUCAGUGUAUCCAUCCCGUCUUUCCCUCUUCAGUGUAUCCAUCCCGUCCUUCCCUCUUCAGUGUAUCCAUCCCGUCCUUCCCUCUUCAGUGUAUCCAUCCCGUCCUUCCCUCUUCAGUGUAUCCAUCCCGUCCUUCCCUCUUCAGUGUAUCCAUCCCGUCCUUCCCUCUUCAGUGUAUCCAUCCCGUCCUUCCCUCUUCAGUGUAUCCAUCCCGUCCUUCCCUCUUCAGUGUAUCCAUCCCGUCCUUCCCUCUUCAGUGUAUCCAUCCCGUCCUUCCCUCUUCAGUGUAUCCAUCCCGUCCUUCCCUCUUCAGUGUAUCCAUCCCGUCCUUCCCUCUUCAGUGUAUCCAUCCCGUCCUUCCCUCUUCAGUGUAUCCAUCCCGUCCUUCCCUCUUCAGUGUAUCCAUCCCGUCCUUCCCUCUUCAGUGUAUCCAUCCCGUCCUUCCCUCUUCAGUGUAUCCAUCCCGUCCUUCCCUCUUCAGUGUAUCCAUCCCGUCCUUCCCUCUUCAGUGUAUCCAUCCCGUCCUUCCCUCUUCAGUGUAUCCAUCCCGUCCUUCCCUCUUCAGUGUAUCCAUCCCGUCCUUCCCUCUUCAGUGUAUCCAUCCCGUCCUUCCCUCUUCAGUGUAUCCAUCCCGUCCUUCCCUCUUCAGUGUAUCCAUCCCGUCCUUCCCUCUUCAGUGUAUCCAUCCCGUCCUUCCCUCUUCAGUGUAUCCAUCCCGUCCUUCCCUCUUCAGUGUAUCCAUCCCGUCCUUCCCUCUUCAGUGUAUCCAUCCCGUCCUUCCCUCUUCAGUGUAUCCAUCCCGUCCUUCCCUCUUCAGUGUAUCCAUCCCGUCCUUCCCUCUUCAGUGUAUCCAUCCCGUCCUUCCCUCUUCAGUGUAUCCAUCCCGUCCUUCCCUCUUCAGUGUAUCCAUCCCGUCCUUCCCUCUUCAGUGUAUCCAUCCCGUCCUUCCCUCUUCAGUGUAUCCAUCCCGUCCUUCCCUCUUCAGUGUAUCCAUCCCGUCCUUCCCUCUUCAGUGUAUCCAUCCCGUCCUUCCCUCUUCAGUGUAUCCAUCCCGUCCUUCCCUCUUCAGUGUAUCCAUCCCGUCCUUCCCUCUUCAGUGUAUCCAUCCCGUCCUUCCCUCUUCAGUGUAUCCAUCCCGUCCUUCCCUCUUCAGUGUAUCCAUCCCGUCCUUCCCUCUUCAGUGUAUCCAUCCCGUCCUUCCCUCUUCAGUGUAUCCAUCCCGUCCUUCCCUCUUCAGUGUAUCCAUCCCGUCCUUCCCUCUUCAGUGUAUCCAUCCCGUCCUUCCCUCUUCAGUGUAUCCAUCCCGUCCUUCCCUCUUCAGUGUAUCCAUCCCGUCCUUCCCUCUUCAGUGUAUCCAUCCCGUCCUUCCCUCUUCAGUGUAUCCAUCCCGUCCUUCCCUCUUCAGUGUAUCCAUCCCGUCCUUCCCUCUUCAGUGUAUCCAUCCCGUCCUUCCCUCUUCAGUGUAUCCAUCCCGUCCUUCCCUCUUCAGUGUAUCCAUCCCGUCCUUCCCUCUUCAGUGUAUCCAUCCCGUCCUUCCCUCUUCAGUGUAUCCAUCCCGUCCUUCCCUCUUCAGUGUAUCCAUCCCGUCCUUCCCUCUUCAGUGUAUCCAUCCCGUCCUUCCCUCUUCAGUGUAUCCAUCCCGUCCUUCCCUCUUCAGUGUAUCCAUCCCGUCCUUCCCUCUUCAGUGUAUCCAUCCCGUCCUUCCCUCUUCAGUGUAUCCAUCCCGUCCUUCCCUCUUCAGUGUAUCCAUCCCGUCCUUCCCUCUUCAGUGUAUCCAUCCCGUCCUUCCCUCUUCAGUGUAUCCAUCCCGUCCUUCCCUCUUCAGUGUAUCCAUCCCGUCCUUCCCUCUUCACUGCAUCCUUCCCUUCCUUUCCUCUUCAUUGCAUCCUUCCUUCCCCUCCUUCCCACUGCGUUCCAUCCUUACCCUCCUUCCCGCUUGCUUGUAUCCUUCCCCUCCUUCCUUCUGCAUUCCAUCCCUCCCCGUCUUCCGUUCAUUGCAUCCUUCCCUUCCUUCCCACUGCGUUCCUUCCUAUCCUUCCCCCCUCCUUCCUGCUGCAUUUGAUCCUUCCCCUCCUUCCCUCUGCGUUCCAUCCUUCCCCUCCUCCUUCCCUCUUCAUUGCAUCCUUUCCCUCUUCCCUUCUGCGUGGUAUCCUUCCUUUCUUCGCUUUGCAUUGCAUCCCUUCCCAUCUUCUGUCUGGGCUGCAUGCUCCCCUACCAGGCAUGUCUGCCAUCCAACUUGUCAGGGCACAUCUGCAGCACGCCCUUUUUCCAUGCAGACUAUGGCACGUCUCAGAGCUGGGACCAGGCUUUAGCAGCAACAGUACGCACAUAUCAGCAUGCUUUCUACAACAUUUUCACCUCUAA